CGUGUCAACUGUAAUUGAGAGGAGCCGCAUCCUCUCAGUCGCAAUCUCAACUAAAUCUCAUCAUGUCUUCCUUACUUCCACGUCUGUAGGUCUGGGCAAGGGCUUGACUCCUGCGUCUGCUUGCGUUACUUUGGUCUCAACUUGUACUGAGGUACCUGUCACGUUCGCCUAGUCUCGUAUCACACACACGUCUUGUCGUAGAUCCCUGGGCAUCUGCAUACCGCUUCCUUCCAUCCCAAAUAACACCGCAUUCUCUUUCCUUCGCGCUCUUCCGUCUGUCUCUGAUCAACUCCUCUAUUCUCUCAUGGAAGUUUCACAUCCAGACAUCUGGCCGUCUCUAGCCACCAUCUUUGAUCUCAUGGUCUCGGCGUGUUUGACGUGUCUGGAGUCAGUCAAACAUGCGGCACGUGCCAUCGGUCCAUCUAUCUGGGUUGCCCUGCACUGGCUCGGACAUAGCCUCUCUGUGGCCGGAAAUGUAUUGCUUGCCGCUAUCCUGAUCCUCCUUCUGUGGAUCUCCGUCAUCUACCUGUGCUGUUUCACUAUCUUCAUGUUCUGUAAACUGGUUCGUCGACAGCAGAAACAUAGAAGCCGUGGUGAGAGGCAGCCACUUCUUCCAGCUCCUUCGAGACGCAGACGUCUGCCUUCCUGGACAUCAUCAAACUCCAGCAGUGAAAGACGUCGACACCACGACCAUCAAGCGCAUAGAGAUCUCUUCCGGGUUGAGAUCAGUCGAAGACGGCAGGAUACGCUGAGACGAGAGCAGCACAGAGCAGUAGAGACUCGCUGUCGAGAGUAUCGUGAGCGCAGACUGCGAGAAGCGAUUCAGCAGUCCACGAGCACUCCUCUAUAUGCACAGCACCAAACUAUCAUCACAUGGUUGCAUGCUUCCACCAGCACGACGGUCAUCCCAAAUCACCCUAAUUAUGGCACACUUCCGAACAGAAAUGUUACCUCUCGUCCAGGACGCGCUGAUCCGCCUCCACCAUAUUCCCAAAACACAAGAGAGCAACCGCCGCCGUAUGCCAAUCAACGAAAUGAUCGACCUCCGGCUUAUGACUGAUGAUUUAACGAACAAGACGAAGAUGGAACGCAUGAAUGGACGUCGUUGCAAAAGAAGGCGCGUCUAUCUGGUCCCGAGCAACAGAAAUGUAUACACCACUAGGCAUGGAUUGCUAGAUCCGGCUUUGCAUAAAUUGCAUGAUUAUUGACUAAGGGUAUCAUAAUGU